CGCCCCGACGGCCAGUCCCUGGCGAGGAGCAGCGGCCGGGAGCAGCUCAGUCCAAUGAAGGCCUCCUUGGUCCCUAGUUGGCGCCGCGUGCACCUCCGCGAGCGCUCCCAGGCGCGCUCAUAAACCUGCCCUGGGAGGCGACGAGCCCUCCCCUCCCGAGAGGCUCUGCAGGGGGCUAGGGACCAUCUAAAUCGCGCAGAGGCUCUCUUGCUAGGAGGGCUGCUGAGGCAGAGAACAGCCGUGCUUCGUCACAGUGGGACUCCCUCUGAAGCCACCACCGCGCCAGAAGCCUCCAGCUAGCCCGCUAGCCAGGCGCCCCGUCGUCAGUGGCUCUGUCCGGUUCUGGGCAAACAGGACUGUCGCCGGCUUGCAGCCCCGCCACUUUGACCACCCCGUGGCACAGCGUGGUGCAGCGAACACAACUGUGGUGCGGACUCACCCACUAGCUGGUCCAGUGGUCCGACGGAGCGCUACUGCUCCUUCUUCGCUUCUAGCAAGCUGGAAAUAACUGGCCAUCCCUCCCCCUGUGCCUUGGUGGCCCAUUCCUGCUGUGACCAUGGAGACUCUCAGCAUCUGCCGGACUGCUUCCUUCUCAGAGCUGGUGCCCAAUGGCUGCCAGGUUCAGGUCUUCCCAGACCCCCCUGAGGUAGAAGGCUUGACUAAGGAGGUGAGGCUGGAGGAGCUAGAGGGAUCUGAGCAGUGUAUCCAGAGAGACAUGAGUCCCAAGGAAGAGAGUGGUUGGAACAAGAAGAAAACAAAAGUCAAUAAGAUCUGGAACUUUAUGAGUCGCAGAAAAGGAGCUUCCAGCCAGAGAAAGCGACCUCAGUCCAUGAUUUUGCUGGAAGACAUCUCCAGACCAUCAGAGGUAAAAUCCAAAGUCACCUUCAUGGAUCGAAUGAAGUCAUUCAGGAGGUCAAAGACUUCUACUGGGGCCUCUAAGAAUACUCCCCUCAGGAGUAGUAAGGUCCAGGAGCCACAGGAAGCCACAGGUGUCUACAGGAUACGGAAUAUUGAGGAUGCUCUAAAACCCUUCCGCCAUUCCUAUGCAGGCCAUAUUGAGGGGUUGGAGCCUUUCCUUGAAGAUGUGCAGGGGCUUGUGCAAGCACCCAAGAGGGAAAACCAGAAGGUGCUAACCUCUGAGGAUUUUGGCAUCCAAGUGGAGGAAGAUUUCUGGGAGGAGGAAGAGGUUCCUGGGCACUUCAGUAGUAACAGACAAUGCAGAAACUACCUGAAAAACAUGUCUCCUAGGAGUCAUGAGUCCCCUUCUGCCUGGGUAGAAGACACCAGAAUCCAGGGGCUUGAGACCACCAUUGAGGGCUCCACCUUGGAAGGAGACACAGAAGGCAUCUAUGAGGAGAGCCCUGGACACCAGCACAGAGAUAAGAUGGCUCCAUUCAGUGUCGUUGUCAAAUUCUUCAACAAUAUGGCUGAAGCAGCCCGCAAGUGGCGGUCAUUCUCCCGUGAAGAGCCACAGUUGGGCCGCCGCCACCGUGAACCCUACUGCAGCGAUGGCUUCGUCCUGGAAGGCACUACUUCCCAAGUCUCCUUCCCACUUGAUCUGCCCUGCCAAACCACUGAAUCCAACCUGUGGGGCAAUGCUAUGGGAAGGUGCCGACGCCAUCACCGGAAGGCCCCACACACUUCAUGCACUUUUGAGAUGAGCAUUGAAGGUGAGGAGAUUCCUGGUCAGGCUCUAUCAGGUCCCUGUGAUGCUGCCACCUCUUCUAUGACCUCAGCUGUCUUCAAGUUCCAGGAUGACCCAGUGAAGCAGAAAGGCCACUGCCAUAGCAACUGUCAUACCUCCACCAGGGAGCAUUCCUCCUCUGAGGAGCUUGAUGAAGACACAGAGACGGUGGUCAGCUUCCUCAGGGAAGAGGACAGUUCCAGAGAGCCCCCUGAAUUGGGUGCUUAUGCCAAGAGGUUCACCACUGAGGCUGUCAUGGAGAAGUUGGAGGAGAAGCCCAGUGAAAUGAAAGAGCAGGAGGAAAAUUUGGAACCAGAGGAGUCCAGCCAGGCCAGGAAGCCCCAGAAGCUUGAGAUGGAAAUGAGUGCAGGGGAUGCAGAAGGCAAAGCCACCAAGGCCUGCUCUGGAGUUUGUCAUUCUCAGGCCUUAUUUCCCCCAGCUGAACCAUCACCAAGGAAUCCACCACUCAAAAUCCUUUUGGAAAAAUGCCACUCUCUGCCCAUCUCACAGAGUAUCCCUGUGGAGCUGGACCAAGUGGGCUGGAGGAGACCCAUGAUGCUUUGCACUGGUAACUUGGACCAGGGCUCCAAGACUCUAGAAACCUGCAAGAAAAUUGGUGGAUACUGGAAGCUGCAGAGACCAGGAAACAAGCCAAUAAAUGAAGACCUGGUGUUCAUCAUUUUACCCUUCUUCCAUGUAUCACAAUCAGCUUUGAAGAAAGUCUCAGUACUGUGCCUCGUUUCACCUCUGUGGUAGGAAGAAUAAUGGACACCCAAAGAAAUCUUUGUCUUCAUCUCUGGAACAUGUAAAUGUGUUAAUUUAUAUGGCAAAAGUAACAUUGUAUAUGUACUAAAUUUAAGGA